AUGCUCAGAGGUAAUCAAAUAUUCAUUGCGAGUGUUGAGAUUCCAGGGCUGUGGAGUUCUGGAACAGAGGACAGAUUCCUAAGUAAGUUGUGGAUUCUGGUUUAAUGUAAAGCACUGCAUGAAUUUUUCUCUCACUGGCCUUGAUUCUGCUCGCAUCCUGAUUGCAGAGCUUGCAAAAGUACUUUAGCUGGAAGUGAGCUGCUUCUGUUGUCCCUUAUUUUCACUCUGAAUAUGCUGGGAGUGUGAAGGAAACUGCCCCAGGGGAAUUUUUGACAGGGUGUCCUGGCAGCCUAUGGUGCAAAAGGCACUUGGCAUUUCACAAUUGCGUUUUAUAGAGAAAUUAACAAUGAUUAAGGAAAGCUGUUGGGAGGCUCUGGUGCCCCCAAGCGGCAGGUAGGGGGAAAGGAAAAAAACCACAUUUUUUUGCUACCUGAUUCUUUGCAGGGGGUGGUGACUUUUCUGCUGUUGGGUCAUCUCAUCAGCAACUUUGCUGGGGCCGUAUGCCAAUGGCAGGGAGGGCCGGAAGGAAAUUGGGUGGAGCAGCGGACUUUGUUCUGUAGUCUAUAUUAGUGUCAUGGAAAAGAAAUGUUUCUGCGCAUCACGACACGCAAACAUCAUCCGAGUAUGCAAGAAGCGUUUUUUAAAACAAAUAAUGAUAAUAAUUUUAAAAAAUUAUAUCCCAUCCAUCUUGCUGGGUUUCCCCAGCCACUCUGGGUGGCUUAUAACAUACAUAGAAACACAACAAAGCAUCAAACAUUAAAAAACAAAAUAUCCUAUACAAGCAACAAACAAAGCAAUAAAUCAAUAGAAACCAAUAAUAGCAACAAUAAUAAACAGUUUACAGUUAUACCCAAGUUAAUAUUUAUAUAUCGCCCUGUUGCAAAACAUCAGGGAGCGUUCAGCAACACAGAAACAUUUAAAAGCAACGCAAAGCAUUAAUUAAAGCAACUGGCUAUUCAAGAAGGUUUUAAGCAAUUUAUGUUUAAAUAAAUAACAUCAUCCCAGUGGGAGGCAAAAGCACUUUGAGAAGGGCAUGCCAGGAAGGGGCACGUAUAGUAAUAAUAAUUUUAUUAUUUAUACCCCGCCCAUCUGGCUGGGUUUCCCCAGUCUGGCAAAGGUAGCACCCCCUAGUUCCCCUAUCCUUAGGUUGCCUGCUAAACAGCCUCAGCAAACUACAACUCCCAGAAUCCUUGGCGGGGGAAAAGCGUAACCGCUGAAAGCGCCCGCAUAACGCGGCCCAAACCUCCUGACGUGAAGGCUCACGCAUGCGCGCAACGCGCUGGUGCCUGCGUGUGGGUUUAUUUGCCCUGCCGCUACUGGAGUUUCCCCAUUGGCCAAGCCCAGAUUCCGUCUUGAACUUCCUCGUUCCGACUCCGACUCUUCUUUCUUGAUUGGUCAAGCCCCGCUCCUUUGCCGCCCACCCCUUCAUUCCGAUUGGCGGUUGAGGCGGCCCUGGCUGCGGAUUGACCUGCGGGCAAAGAGUGGGCGACGGCCUCCUGUGGACGCUCUGGCCGCCCCGCCCCCUGCGCUCUAUGGCCUUUCCUCAGAGCGAAACGGGAACGGCUUCGGCGCCGGCUGGGCCCGUCGCCGAGCGGAGCGAGCGGGUGAGGGACCCGGCGGCGCCCCCGCCUUCCUCUCCCGCAGGGCUGCCGUUUCCCUGCCAGGUUUCCCCCGGCGAGGCUCCUCCCCGCCCCCCCCCGUUCCACCCUCACAACAGCCCUGCGAGGGAGGGCAGAGGCCGACAGGGCCUCAGGGGGCGGGGGGGGGGCUCCGCGGGGAGAGGGGCCUCCGCCGGACCGCCGAGCGCGGCCUUGGCCAACCUGGGGCCCGUCAUGGGGCUGCACGGCGACUGGGAGCGGGGGGGAGUUGUAGCGCAACCUCGCUGGGGGCUGCCGGCUGGUGGGAGUUGUAGGGCCACCUCUAGGUGCUGGGGCUGGUGGGAGCUGUAGUCCAAACUCGCUGGGUGCUGCUGGCUGGUGGGAGUUGUAGGGCAACCUUGAUGGGUGCUGCUGAGUGGUGGGAAUUGUAGGUCACCUUUUGGGUGCUGGGGCUGGUGGGAGUUGUAGUCCAAGCUUGCUGGGUUCUGCUGACUGGUGGGAGUUGUAGGGCAACCCCUAGGUGCUGGGGCUGGUGGGAGUUGUAGGGCAACCUCUAGGUGAUGGGGCUGGUGGGAGUUGUAGUCCAAGCUUGCUGGGUUCAGCUGACUGGUGGGAGUUGUAGUGCAACCUCAGUGGGUUCUGCUGGCUGGUGGGAGUUGUAGUCCAAACUCGCUGGGUGCUGCUGACUGGUGGGAACUGUAGGGCAACUUUUGGGUGCUGGGGCUGGUGGGAGUUGUAGGGCACCCCCUAGGUGCUGGGGCUGGUGGGAGUUGUAGUCCAAGCUUGCUGGGUUCUGCUGACUGGUGGGAGUUGUAGGGCACCCCCUAGGUGCUGGGGCUGGUGGGAGUUGUAGUCCAAGCUUGCUGGGUUCUGCUGACUGGUGGGAGUUGUAGGGCAACCUCUAGGUGCUGGGGCUGGUGGGAGUUGUAGUCCAAACUCGCUGGGUGCUGCCGGCUGGUGGGAGUUGUAGGGCAACCUUGAUGGGUGCUGCUGAGUGGUGGGAAUUGUAGGGCAACCUCUAGGUGAUGGGGCUGGUGGGAGUUGUAGUCCAAGCUUGCUGGGUUCUGCUGACUGGUGGGAGUUGUAGGGCAACCCCUAGGUGCUGGGGCUGGUGGGAGUUGUAGUCCAAGCUUGCUGGGUUCUGCUGACUGGUGGAAGUUGUAGGGCAACCCCUAGGUGCUGGGGCUGGUGGGAGUUGUAGUCCAAGCUUGCUGGGUUCUGCUGACUGGUGGAAGUUGUAGGGCAACCCCUAGGUGCUGGGGCUGGUGGGAGUUGUAGUCCAAGCUUGCUGGGUUCUGCUGACUGGUGGGAAUUGUAGGGCAACCCCUAGGUGCUGGGGCUGGUGGGAGUUGUAGUCCAAGCUUGCUGGGUUCUGCUGACUGGUGGGAGUUGUAGGGCAACCCCUAGGUGCUGGGGCUGGUGGGACUUGUAGUUCAAGUGCUCUGGGGGCUGGGGGAGGUAUACUUGUCACUGAUGACGUUUUGACUGCAGUAUUGCUUAUUGGGGUUUGUUGGUUGCUGCUAAUUUCUUGCAUCUGCCAGAGAAUUCUCAACACUCCUGUUCUAAAUAAAUAAAUGGUUGAGUUAAAUGUUAAAUAUGAUGGGGAGUCUUCCCACUUCCUUAUUCUCAUUGUCCAGGAAUUACCUGCAAGCAUUCCUAGAUUAUUUGUUUCUUCUAUUCAAUGACUAAAGUAGGUUUAUUAAAUUUCCCUAUGACAUUAUUGUGUAAUUUAUUUUUAGGACUGAAGGAAUGUGAAGAUGAGUACUGUACCUAUGUACCAGCCUUCCCAUGCGGAUAA